ACACUGCUUUUUAUUAUUACAUAGGUGGGGUUUUUGCCUUUAUAAUUCCAUUAGCAACAGACAAAUUUUUGUCUGUUGUAAUUAGUGGCAUUGAUCAUUUUUUUGUCGAAAAGAAUGCUAUCUGUCACUGGAGUUCUAACAUAUGUGUUUCUCUUGAAUUUGAGAAUUUCCAUAAUCUUUUCAAUUUUAUUUUGUAAUUUACUGGGACCUGGUGGAUAAAUUAAUUUGGAAAAAUCUACAUGCUUCCAAACACUGGAGGAAUAUUUUAACUUGUCACUUGUUGCUUUAUUUCAGAAAAGCUUUUAUAAAGCUUUAUCUGUUGUAAAAUAUUCUACAUCCCCUGUUACGGAAAAGUAGCCUUUUUCUCUUUGAUUCUAUGCAGUACCAACACAGCUUACGCAAAUCACCUUCUAGUUAGCUUAACAGAAUUUUUUUGUAGGUUAGAAUUUUUCAGUUACUUGUUUUUUCCAAAUGUCUCUAUUUCUUCAUUAAUUACUGACAUCAAGUAUCCAGUGAACAUCAUCUGUUGCAGUAAGAUAUGGCAUCCAGUCAUAUUUAACUGCUGUGGAGCCAGUGACGUGGAAAGUUUAGCUGUGCACCCAUAAUCACUGAGAUGUGUAUUUAUUAAUCUUUUAAUAGGAGAUAUCUAAUGUGUUAAAAGAUAAACUUCUUUUAGUUUUUGUUCCCAAUGUGUCUCUUAAGAAGUAUGAAAAACUCUUCACAUGAGAACCUGCUUAUAAAGGUGCCAUCUUUUGAUGGAAGGAAUAUGCUAUUCAGCGAUUUGUGGCAUAACUGCAAAUGCUGAAAAGUGUCUCUUGUGUAUAGCUGCCUUGGCUGUCGAAGAGCUUGGCUUUGAGCGAUUUCAUGCAUUAAUUCACAAACGAGCAUUCAAAAGCUUCCCUGAACUGAAGGAUGCCAUUUGGGAUCAAUAUUCAGUGUGGACAAACAGAUUUGGAGUAUUGCUCUUUCUGUAUUCUGUAAUACUGACAAAGGGCAUUGAAAACAUAAAAAAUGAAAUUGAAGAUGCAACUGAGCCAUUGAUAGAUCCUGUUUAUGGUCAUGGAAGCCAAAGUCUGAUUAACCUCCUGUUGACGGGGCAUGCUGUUUCUAACGUGUGGGAUGGAGACAGAGAAUGUUCAGGAAUGAAACUUCUUGGUAUACAUAAACAGGCAACAGUAGGUUUUUUGACAUUGAUGGAAUCUCUGAGAUAUUGUAAGGUUGGUUCCUAUUUGAAAUCUCCAAAAUUUCCCAUUUGGAUUCUUGGCAGUGAAACACACCUCACAGUCUUUUUUGCCAAGGAUAUGGCCCUUGUUGCUCCUGAAGCGCCUUCAGAACAAGCUAGGAGGGUUUUCCAGACAUAUGACCCAGAGGAUAAUGGUUUUAUACCUGACACUCUGCUAGAAGAUGUAAUGAAGGCUCUGGACCUUGUUUCAGAUCCUGAAUAUGUAAACCUCAUGAAGACCAAAUUAGACCCAGAAGGACUGGGCAUCAUAUUACUGGGUCCCUUUCUGCAAGAAUUUUUCCCUGAGCAGGACUCUAGGGUUUCGGAGUCAUUCACUGUUUACCAUUACAAUGGACUGAAGCAAUCUAACUAUAAUGAAAAGGUCAUGUAUGUAGAAGGCACAGCAGUUGUUAUGGGUUUUGAAGAACCAAUGCUACAGACCGACGACACUCCUGUAAAACGCUGCCUGCAAACCAAAUGGCCAUAUAUAGAAUUACUGUGGACCACAGAUCGAUCUCCUUCUUUAAACUGAUAUGUUGCGCAUAAACAACAUACUACUAGCAAAUCCUUGAACAGGGAUGCAAGAAUUGGUAUUUGCUUGGAAAGUGGUAUACUUUGACUGUGUGAAGUUAUACACUGGUAUCAUUGACGAAUUGUAAAUAGUUAUUACAAACACUUUUUCAGUGUUAAUUGGAAUAUUUAAUUUUUUAAUCAGAUUGAUUUCUAUUAUAAUAGUUUGUCUUUUUUGGCCACUGUAGUACUGUUAAUGUGAGUUAUUUAAAAAAAAAAAAAAGCCUACUUAUAAACUCUUAACAUAUUUUGCCAUCUCAUGAAGAUUUGAAAAAUGUCUGAUAUUGCAGAAUGUGCAUAUUAGAUGUCAGAUCUCUAAAACAUAAAACAUAUUCAGCUUCCUCUGAAUCAUAUAGGCAUGUUUUAUUAUUUAAAUUAUAUUGGCUUACAUUACAGCACCAUAAUGUGUGGACUAGACUGGCCUUUGCACUGGAUAUGUUUUAAGGAGUUUAAAUUUUCUGCAAUUUUUCCUAAAAUCUAAUUUUACCUGAGGAGCUUGCACAAUGUGACAUUAAUAUGAUUCAUUUUUAGGAAUAAGUAUAAUUCAUAAAUACUCUUUCUUGGCAGUUGUAUAUUACUGUGGCUUAGUUAUCAGGCAUGUUAAGAGUGAACAGAAAAUCUGAGGAAAAAUAGAUGUAUUACUAUUUAUUUGAAUUUGUAUAAAAGAAAUGUAAAAACAGCAGAAAUAAUUUCUUGUUCUAUAAUCUUUAAACUGUUCAAACUUAUAAUAUUGCCAAAUACCUCUUCUCAAUUUGUCCAAACAGCAGUGUAAGCCAGCGUUAUUGUAUGUGUUAAGUGCAUGAGAACAUCUGUUACUACAUUAUUAUAUUCCUUUAUUUAUUAUCAACUUGUUAGCCCUAAAAUAAAAUCUUUUCCUUCAAUCAUGA